CUCGUGACCAUCGGGCAGGAGUCCUGCUGCCCUCUCGGAAUGGCCGACCAGCUGAUCUACAUCGGCUCCGGGCAGAUCGAACAGCUUCUGCAGUAUUCGGAACUGCUCCCGGUGCUGGAGAGAGCUCUGGCCAAUUUCUCGAGCGAAGGCGGCGGCGGAGUGGAGCAGCCGGUCCGGAGCACGGUGCCCGUGGCCAAGUACAACGGUUUUUUAGGAGUGAUGCCAGCGUACAGUGCGGAGGAUGAUGCCUUGGUGACAAAAAUCGUCAGAUUUUAUCAGACAAUCAGUCCUACCAACUCAUCUCAUCAUGCUACAGUGCUGCUGUUUGACCCAAGCAAUGGCACCUUAAAGGCAGUGAUGGAUGGAGCAGUGAUCACUGAAAAGAGGACUGCUGCCGUUUCUGCCAUAGCAACUAAGUACCUGCAGCGGAAGAACCUGGAUGUGUUAUGUAUUUUGGGAGCCGGGCCUGUGGCUGUGAGUCACUAUGAAAUCUUCACCCAAAUGUUUCCAUUCAAGCAGGUGAAAGUGUGGAGCCGAACUCGAGAGCGGGUUCAGAAGUUUGCUGAAACAGUUAAGGGACCAGUGCAGAUUUGUGCAUCGGCAAAAGAAGCUGUUCUCGAUGCUGAUGUGGUGAUAACAGUCACCAUGGCAACAGAGCCCAUCCUAUUUGGAGAAUGGGUAAAGCCUGGAGCCCAUGUUAAUGCUGUUGGAGCUUGUCGACCAAACUGGCGGGAGUUGGAUGAUGGGCUAAUGAAGGAUGCUGUCCUGUACGUGGAUAGCAGAGCGGGAGCUAUGAGGGAGUCAGGUGACGUCAUCCUCUCAGAGGCUGAGAUCUUUGCAGAACUGGGAGAAGUGGUGAAAGGAACCAAACCUGCUCUGUGUGAGAGGACCACAGUUUUCAAAUCAUUGGGUGAGAACAAACAAGCCAUUAUUAAGGGAGCUGAUGAUAGGACAAAGCUCGUCAUUCACUUCAGCUGUGUGCUGUGUUGCAAUUUUCAAUACAGUUUCUAAUUUAGUCAAAAAAAUGUAACCUUUGGACAUAUUUUUAUUCAGUUGUAGAAUUUGCUUAAUUCUUGCAGUUUUUCAUUAAAGGAUAAAUAAUUCACAGAAUUGCAUCACAAUAGCAUAGAAUCCACUUGAACAAUGUGUUUUAUCGGUCAGUUAAACUGAAAGCUUUGCUUCAUGCAUUGCAUUGAUCCAGAGUGCAGUAUAACUCUGGUCUUGCAUUGACCCAGUGAGUGCAGUACAGCAUAAAAACAGAAAUAGAAAUACCUGGACAGCUCCUGUUUUUGACUGCUUUUUGAGGUACCAUAUCACAGCACCAUUUGCCCUCCAAUUUAUGAUUUUUUUCAUGUAUGUAUGAGCAUCAGCAGGUCAUUGAACUGCUGCAGCAUCACUGCAUCUGAUCUGAUCUGUCCUCCCCUGGCCUCUCAUGUAUUUCCAGCUGGGUUCACUGGCAAUUAAGGGUGAAAUUUGGCUGAUUUUACAUCCUAUGAGCACUGAGACCAGUGGAAUCAGCACAGACUGGGGGAGUGGGAAUUGAACCCAGGACCUUGCUGCUUUUUGUCAGUUAGUGGAUAAUCCACCUCUCUGCCCAACUCCACAAUGGGAAAGGGCAGAACUUUCACAAAAAAAAACUUUAGAAAGAUCCAGCGAGUCCGCCUUUGCGUAUGUACUUUUGGCAUUACUUUAGUGAGCACAAGAAUAGGUGUGGCCAAUGUGCAAAAUCUGCACCAAGCCAGGCAUUUUAGAAACAUAGAAACUAGGAGCAGGAG